GUUUCCCCAUCUGAGCUCAGAGUAGAUGAGAGAUGUAAUGUUUGUCUCUGUUGUAUUGAAGUCCAAUCAAGAGGAAGAGACCAGCCUCCCCUGUACCCAGCUGUGUGUCUAUGAAGAGUGACAGGUCUAUGGAGCAACCUCUAAACUUUAGAGAGGGAGACUUUUCUACUGAACAAAGACCAAUCAAGCAGGAGAGACCAGCCUCCCCUGUACCCAGCUGUGUGUCCAUGAAGAGUGACAAGUCUAUGAUUCUACCUAUAAACUUUAGAGAGGGAGACUUUUCUACUGAACAAAGUGGUGCUGAUAUGCACGUAAUGAAGAAAAUGAACCAGAAGAAGCUUGCUGACACACUGGAGAAAAAUUCAGAUGAGCUUGCUGUGAUUUGCCAACGUGAACUCAAAUCUAAUCUAAAGAAGAAGUUUCAAUGUGUAUUUGAGGGGAUCGCUAAACAAGGAAACCCAACACUUCUCAAUAAGAUCUACACAGAGCUCUACAUCACAGAGGGUGGAACAGGAGAGGUCAAUAAUGAACAUGAGCUGAGACAGAUUGAGACAACAACCAGGAAACAAGCAAGACCAGAGACUGCAAUCAAAUGUAACGACAUCUUCAAACCCUUAACUGGACAAGACAAACCUAUCAGAACUGUGCUGACAAAGGGAGUCGCUGGCAUUGGAAAAACAGUCUCUGUGCAGAAGUUCAUUCUGGACUGGGCUGAAGGAAAAGCAAAUCAGGAUGUCCAAUUUGUAUUUUCAUUCCCUUUUCGGGAGCUGAAUUUGAUGAAAGAGGACAAACACACUUUGAUUGAGCUUCUCAAUCACUUCUCAAUGGAAACCAAACAAUCAAGAAUCUCCAACUACAACAAGUACAAAGUUCUGUUCAUCUUUGAUGGUCUGGAUGAGUGCCGACUGCCCCUAGACUUCCAGAAGAACAAGAUCUGUUGGGACGUCACAGAGUCAACCUCAGUGGAUGUUCUGCUGACAAAUCUCAUCAAGGGAAAUCUGCUUCCCUCUGCUCUCCUUUGGAUAACUACCCGACCUGCAGCAGCCAAUAAGAUCCCUUCAGGGUGUGUUGACCAGGUGACAGAGGUACGAGGGUUCAAUGACCCACAGAAGGAGGAGUACUUCAGGAAGAGAUUCAGUGAUGAGGACCUGGCCAGCAGAAUCAUCUCACACAUAAAGACAUCAAGGAGCCUCCACAUCAUGUGCCACAUUCCAGUCUUCUGUUGGAUUUCUGCAACAGUCCUUGAACACAUGUUGAAACAUAAGAGAGAAGAGAUGCCCAAGACUCUGACUGAGAUGUACACACACCUUGUGGUGUUUCAUACCAAACAGAAGAAUGAAAAGUAUCUUGGGAAAGAAGAGACAGGUCCACACUGGAAUAAAGAGAGCAUUCUGUCACUGGGAAAACUGGCUUUUCAACAGCUUGUGAAGGGCAAUCUGAUUUUCUAUGAAGAAGACCUGAAGGAGGCUGGCAUUGAUGUCAAUGAAGCCUCAGUGUACUCAGGAUUGUGCACACAGCUCUUUAAAGAGGAAUGUGGGCUGUACCAGGACAAGGUGUACUGCUUUGUGCAUCUGAGCAUUCAGGAGUUUCUGGCUGCUGUAUAUGUGUUCCUCUCAUUCAUCAACAAUAAUGAGAAUCUAUUGGACAAACUGCAAACAAAGUCCAGUAUCUUUUCUUUGCUGUUUAGAGACAAGUCUGCAGUUACUUUCUACAAGAGUGCUGUGGAUAAAGCCUUACAAAGUGAGACAGGAAACCUGGACCUUUUCCUCCGCUUCCUUCUGGGCCUCUCACUGGAGUCCAAUCAGAAGCACUUACGAGGCCUACUGACAAAGACAAGAAGCAGCUCACAGAGCCAUGAAGAAACAGUGAAGUACAUCAAGGAGAAGAUCGGGGAGAAUCUCUCUCCAGAGAGGAGCAUCAAUCUGUUCCACUGUCUGAAUGAACUGAAUGACCAUUCUCUAGUGGAGGAGAUCCAAAGCUACCUGAGAUCAGGAAGUCUCUCAGAAGACAAACUGUCACCUGCACAGUGGUCAGCUCUGGUCUUUGUGUUGCUGACUUCAGAAAAGGAGCUGGAUGUGUUUGACCUGAAGAAAUACUCCAGAUCAGAGGAAGGUCUUCUGAGGCUGCUUCCAGUGGUCAAAGCCUCCAGAGCUGCUCUGCUGUCAGGCUGUGGAGUCACAGAGGAAGGCUGUGCUUUUCUGGUCUCAGCUCUGACGUCAAACCCCUCACACCUGAGAGAGCUGGACCUGAGUAACAAUGACCUGAAGGAUUCAGGAGUGAAGCUGCUCUCUGCUGGACUGGGGAAUCCCCACUGUAAACUGGAGACUCUGAGGCUGUCAGACUGUCUAGUCACAGAGGAAGGCUGUGCUUCUCUGGUCUCAGCUCUGACGUCAAACCCCUCACACCUGAGAGAGCUGGAUCUGAGUAACAAUGACCUGAAGGAUUCAGGAGUGAAGCUGCUCUCUGCUGUACUGGGGAAUCCCCACUGUAAACUGGAGACUCUGAGGCUGUCAGGCUGUCUAGUCACAGAGGAAGGCUGUGCUUCUCUGGUCUCAGCUCUGAGGUCAAACCCCUCACACCUCAGAGAGCUGGACCUGAGCUACAAUCACCCAGGAGACUCAGGAGUCAGACUGCUCUCUACUGGACUGGAGGAUCCACACUGCAGACUGGAGAAACUCAAUGUGGAACAUGGUGGAGAGAACAGAAUGAAACCUGGGCUUAGAAAAUAUGUCUGUGAUCUCACACUGGACCUAAACACAGUAAACAGACACCUCUCUCUGUCUGAGGAGAACAGAAAGGUGACAUGUAGGAGAGAGAAGCAGCCGUAUCCUGAUCACCCAGAGAGAUUUGAGGGCUGGGGACAGGUGCUGUGUAGAGAGGGUCUGACUGGGCGCUGUUACUGGGAAGUAGAGUGGAGUGGAAGAGGGGCUGAUAUAGGAGUGACAUAUAAAGGAAUCAGCAGGAGAGGAAUGGUUAAUGACUGUUGUCUUGGAUACAAUGACAAGUCCUGGAGUCUGAUCUGCUCUGACAACAGUUACAUUGCCUGGCACAAUAAUAAUGACACUAACAUAGACGUCCCCUCCUCCAGCUCCCACAGAGUAGGAGUGUAUCUGGACUGGCCAGCCGGCACUCUGUCCUUCUAUAGAGCCUCCUCUGACACACUGACCCACCUGAUCACAUUCACCUCCACAUUCACUGAGCCCCUCUAUCCAGGGUUUGGGGUUGAUGUUGACUCCUCAGUGUCCCUGAAAUAAUAACCUGACACACACACACACAAACACACACACACACUGGACGCACAAACACACACACACACACUGGACAGACACACACACACUGGACAGACACACACACACUGGACAGACACACACACACUGGACAGACACACACACACACUGGACAGACACACACACACACUGGACAGACACACACACACACUGGACACACACACACACACUGGACACACACACACACACACACACACACACACACUGGACACACACACACACACACACACACACUGGACACACACACACACUGGACACAUACACACACACACACAAACACUGGACACAUACACACACACACACACACACUGGACACACACACACAGACACACUGGACACACUCACACACACACGGGACAGAUACACACACACACACACACACUGGACACACACACACAGAGACUGGACACACACACACACACUGGACACACACACUGGACACACACACACACACUCACACACACACUCACACUGGACACACACACACACUCACACUGGACACACACACACACUGGACACACACACACACACACUGGACACACACACACACACACACACUGGACACACACACACACACACUGGACACACACACACUGGACACACACACUCACACUGGACACACACUCACACACUGGACACACACACACACACACUGGACACACACACACAGACACACUGGACACACACACACACACACACUGGACAGACACACACUGGACACACACUGGACACACACUGGACACACACACACACACUGGACAUACACACACUGGACAGACACACACACACUGGACACACACACACACACACACACACUGUACACACACACACACACACACACUUGACAAACACACACCCACACACACAUUCGACAAACACACACACACACACACAGACACUGGACACAUAGGACACACACACACACACUGUACACACACACUCACACUGGACACACUGGACACACUGGACACACACACACACAUGACACACACACACACACACACAGUGGACACACGGGACACAUACACACAUGCGUGUCUUCCUAUAAUUGUGACAAUAACACUGUUAAAAUACCAAUGUGAUAAUUUGUUGUGUGUCUUUUAUGUUGAAUAACAACUAUGGACAUACGCUCCAUAGUUGUACAAGUAUACAAGGAUAUAUUGUACUUUUCAUAAUAAAACAUAGUUGAAACAAGAAAAGCCUGUUAAUUGUGAAAACAGUUUGGUUAUUGAUGUUACGUUGCCUCUGUCAGGUUGACGUUAACCUGCGACUGGUUGAAACAUGAAACUAAUAUGAAAUGAAAUACAAAACAAUUAAAUAUGUGGAAUUGAAUUAAACAAAUUGUACAACA